AUUAGACUCAAAAUCAGCGACUUUACUUUCUGAAGUGACUGUAUGUUACAGCACUUGCACCCCAUUCAGUAGCGUGUGCGGGUGCACAAGCAGCGGCAACAGUCGGGCCCACUGGCUGUGACCCGCAUUUUUUUUUGGCUCACUGGGUCACGUCGGGCUAUGUUAGUCCUACACACUUGUUCGGCCACUUGUCAUUUUCAUAUAAAAACAUGCUACGAUCGAUCGCCGCUGCUGCCACCCGCCGACGCAUGUUCUCUACCACGAGCGCAAUGCGCAUGUCGGAGGGCGAGAAACAAAUCCAUGACAAAUUGACUGAAGCUCUGACACCACACAAGCUGCGAGUUGUCGACGUCUCCGGCGGCUGUGGAUCGAUGUAUGCUAUCGAUAUCGCAACCAAAGCCUUUGAAGGCUCUUCGAUCGUCAAGCAGCACCGCAUGGUGAACCAGAUUCUCAAGGAAGAGAUCAAAGAUAUGCAUGGUCUCCAGGUACUUGACAUAUCCCUGUUGUGCACAGAUACAUUUAAGAAUUCUUUCGCUCUAACACCUUGUAUAUAUAGUUGAAAACAUCUGCAAAAUAG